AUGUUAGCAACAACAGCACCAAACUCUUUAGUCAUGAAUCCAACAUCUAUGUUAGUAGAGAUGAAAAGCUUCAUUCCUUCUUCAUAUACUUUCGAAACAAAAAUCCAGAAGAUAAAGCAAGAACUGUUAACAAGUAAUUUAGACUGUAGUGCGAAAGAUGAAACAAAUGAACAGUAUCUUUAUGAAAUGCAGGACAUUAUUGACCAUUUGCCUAAACUACCUGAAAUCCAACAACAAAAACUCACUAUUCCUGAAUUCGACGAAAUUGAAGUCAAAGCAACUGACUCAGUAGAAAUAAAGAAGUUCAUUCGUAAGGUAAAUUCUGAGUUUCUAGGAUUUCAUUGCAACCAUAAGGUUAUGGACAAAGAUUGCGACAUGGUAUAUAAGAAUGUUUCUGACAUAUAUAAAUCCGGGGAGUUUAAGACCUACGACAACUUUGUUUCGUUAGUUGCUGAAUGUGUAUGGCAGAUAAGAGAUAAAGAUAGAAGAGGGAAGGUAUGGAACAAACAGAUAAAACCAGCAGCUUUUGAGAUGAAGAGAGCAAUUGACGCUUUAGUUGUUUUAGCUG